AUGUUCCCCACGUGUCGGGUGUCCUUCACGGGAGUGCGGCCCGAGCAGCGGUACGCGGUGCUCAUGGACAUAGUGCCGGUGGACAACAAGAGGUACCGCUACGCCUACCACCGUUCCUCUUGGCUGGUGGCGGGCAAGGCGGACCCGCCGGCGCCUUGCCGGCUCUACAUGCACCCGGACUCGCCCUUCACGGGGGAGCAGCUCAGGAAGCAGGUCGUGUCCUUCGAGAAGGUCAAGCUCACCAACAACGAGAUGGACAAGAACGGCCAGAUCGUGCUCAACUCCAUGCACCGCUACCAGCCGAGGAUCCACCUGGUGAAGUGGCGCGAGCACGGCGCGCCCAUCACCGACCUGGAGGCCGAGCAGUUCCGCACCUACAUCUUCCCCGAGUCGGUGUUCACCGCCGUCACCGCCUACCAGAACCAGCUGAUAACGAAGUUGAAAAUCGACAGCAACCCCUUCGCCAAAGGUUUCCGAGAUUCUUCGAGACUCACGGACUUCGACCGGGACCCGAUGGACGCCAUGUUCCUGGACCAGCACUUCCUGCGCUCGCCGCUGCGCCUCUACUCCGACCUGGACGCCGAGAACAACAACAGCCUGUUCUCCGCCGCCAUGAUGGAGAAGGCGCGCGCGCACCUGCAGAUGUGGGGGCGCGCCGGGGCCUACUCGCCCGCCGAGCUUCACGCGCUGCUGGGAGGCGGGCCGCCGCCCCCGGGGCCCGCCGUGUUCCGCGGGCCGCCGCCGCCCCCGCCCCACCCGCUGGCCAUGCACCUGUGGCCCGGCCAGCAGUGGCCGUCCUCGCCGCCCCCGGGCCUGCUGCUGGGUCCGCCCCCGCAGCAGCCGCCCCCGCCGCCCCCGGUGGUGUCCUCGGGCUCCGGCUCGCCGUCCCCGUCGUCGUCCACCUCGUCCACCUCGUCGUCGUGCGAGGUGCGGCUGCCCAGGCCCAUCUUCCCCGGCGCGCACCGCUACUCGCCGUACCACCUGGUGCCGAGGCAGCUGUCGCCGCCGGCGCCCGACGCCAGGAACUGACACCGGCGCUGAGGCGUCUCUGGCUCGUCCUCGCGUCGUGUCGGACUGCCCGCGCGUUCAAACACCCGCGCGUCAUGUUGAAGCACCAGCGCGUCAUGUCGGACUAUACCGCAUGUUGAAACACCCGCGCGUGAUGUUGAAACACCCGCGCGUGAUGUCGGACUACCGCAUGUUGAAACACCCGCGCGUCAUGUUGAAACACCCGCGCGUGUCGUCGGACUACCGCGCGUCAUGUCGGACUGCCGCAUGUUGAACACCCGCGCGUCAUGUCGGACUACCGCAUGUUGAAAGACCCGCGCGUGAUGUUGAAACACCCGCGCGUGAUGUCGGAAUGCCACGCGUAAUGUCGGACUACCGCAUGUUGAAACACCCGCGCGUGCUGUUGAAACACCCGCGCGUGAUGUUGAAGCACCAGCGCGUGAUGUCGGACUACCGCAUGUUGAAACACCCGCGCAUGAUGUUGAAACACCCGCGCCUGAUGUCGGACUGCCCGCACGUUGAAACACCCGCGCGUCAUGUCGGACUAUCGCCAAAUUCGAACAACGUUCGGUGAAAACUAUUCCAAAGACACUUACUUACUAAUUCACCUGUUUUUCCAGAGUUCGUGUUUCCUUUUUCCUCUCUCUCUCUCUCUGCAACUGGGUUGCCCCCAAAACGGUAAAUGUUUUUUUUUUUUUUGAACGAACAGUUUUUACUUAGUGGGGCAAGCCGUCACAGACCAAAUUUACGAAUUCCUGUGUUUUGAUCUACAACGGUGCUUCUUCAAGCACCAAUUAUCAAUGUUUUUACUAUAUGUGCAUUAUGCAAAUAGAAAAAUUUUUCGCAAUGGUUGCCAGUUAUAUUAUUAUGUUUCAUGAUUGCUUUAGAUUAUAUUAUGCCAAAAUUUUGACAAUACAUUUUUUUAAAUACAUGAAUAACUACUUUACUAUGUGUUUUACCCUCUGUUUUAUUUUAAGUGUUCUCAAUUUCUCAAUGGGUUGGUUAAAUUUACAUGAAACAAGUUUUAUAAACACUAGAUUGAAAAUAUUUUUUCACAAACAUUGUGCACCUUGUGGGAAUAAUUUUUCUUGUCCUUCAGAAGUAAGUUACACAAAAACUACUUACAGUAACAUUGUUUUGUAACUGUUUGCUAUUUUGCUAGGUGUGUACUCAGUGUGUGAUGGGGAUCUAAUAUAGGGGAAUAAUGAUUAAUUAAUAAACCAAAAAGAAAAUGGCAAAGAAAACUGAAAUGGCUGUUUUCUAGUAUUAUAGAGACAUACACUGAUUGGUACUCAAAACGUGUUCAAAGAUAGUAUCUGUGUAAUGAUGUAGCAUAGCUUACAUUCUUAAAGGCAUAAGCCUAAUUGAAGUAAACCAAAGAAGAUGUGUAUUAUAAUUAUUUCAUGUAUAUAAAGUGAUGAAAUACCAGUGCAUUUUAUGUGUAUAUACUUGUAUAUUCAUAUUAUUAUUUUUUUGAAUUCGUAAUUAUUUGGUCACAUUUCAGUACUUCAGUUGUCUCAUCAUUGAUAAGAUAUCUAUGCAUAAUUAUUAUGUGUUACACAAUUUUUAAUUUGUUACCUGAUGAACUUUUAUAUUCGUUGUUAAAAUAUCAUGUAGCUUAUUAUCGAUUUAAGAUAAAAUUAUUUUAGAAAGGUUAUACUAAAUAUUCUGUAAUUUAUAACUUCAUAGAAUUUGAUAAAUUGGCUUGGGUUUUUUUACAUAGAUAACAGGGGCAUAAUUAAAAUUUGAUAUAUUUCUUUGAGGUUUCCACUAAUUUGUUUUUGGGCCUGUAUCAAUAUAAUUACAGCAUUUAGUAUUAUUUAAUUAAGAUAUAUAAUCACUAAAUAGUAAAAAAAAAUGAAAAACUCUGACCUGAUAAGUAAUGAUCGGUUCACAACAAAACUUAAAAAGCUUUUAUUAUUUAUGUCACAACGAAUGAGAUACAUUAUUAUUAUUUAUCAUUUGCCUUUGCCCCUGUAAAACUAUGCCUACAAGCAGUUAAUAUUUUUUUAAUCCAUGAUUUGGAAAUUUAUUUAUCAACUGUUUGUCUGUAAUACCAAAUACGAAAUUGAUUUUGUGGAUAAAUGUUAACUUUUUACGAUUAUGAAAAACACCUACUUGCUGUCUUUGGUUAACUGUUGCAUACAAUUGUUUAUAUUUUGCAACAGAACUUUGUAUAUCCAAGAUGUAAGUAGUGUGGUGUAAGUCGUUCUGUAAUUGUGAACAGUAAUUAUGAUUGUAUUAGAUGGGGAAAAUAC